CCCCUAAUCCACAACAAUAUCAGUGUUGCCUGCUUAGCCGCCUUAUUUUAUCCCCAUCAGUUAUCAAACUAUAUAGUUAUUUCCUACAAUAUGACAGAAACUAUAUAUUAUCUGUUUAUAUGUAUACUCCCGAUUAAUUAGCGUGUUAUUAAUAUGGAUCUAUUUUCCUGUCAGCUGUUCAACUGCAUUAUUCAUCUGGCACAUUAAAGUUUUCAAUCCUGAUGAGAGGACUUGGUACAGAAUAGAAUUUAUAAAAGUUCACCUUAUCAUGCAUUCUGACAGUACUAAAAAUCACAAUAAUAAUAUAAAGCCAUCUGCUGACUACAACGGAUGACGUAUCGCGUUAAAAUACGCAAAGAAUUAAAUAAUGACAUUUAAUCAGAUAUGGCAGUUUCGACAAGAAUUUGCAAUGCACGCAAGGUGCAAUUAGCUUUGUUAUAUUAAAUGUACUAUAUUGUUGUGAAUGUUUAAGUAAUCAUUUUUUUUAUAGUGAAAUAUUGGUGCUAUUUUUAUACUUAUUAGACAAAAUCUUUAAACAAUAGAAUGGAUCAAAGAAUAACAGGAUGGAAACGUUAUGUUUUGGUGGAACCACCUUUAAUGAUAUUAAUAUUUGCUCAAGCAAUAUCAAGAAUUUAAUGAGUUUGAUGUUAAUGAAGUUAAAUGUUUCAAACACAUUAUACAAGUUGAAAUUAAUUUGCUAUUAUUUAUUUAUUUAUUUAAUAGUAAAGUAAAAUUAAUAUUACAUUAAAAUUUUAGGUAAUAUUUUAACAGAUUUGAUAGUGUAUCGUGUUUGUAGUGUAACGUUAAAUAUAAAUAAGUCAGAGUGUAUGCUUAUGCAUGAAAAUAGUAGUUCUCCAGAAGCAUUGAGAAUAGAUGCAAAAGUACAACCUGAAGCAACUGUAAUUUUAAUUUCUCAAACUUUUAUUCAAAGUAUUUUUCCUGCAUUCUUAUCUUUAUUUUUGGGGCCAUGGAGUGAUAAACAUGGAAGAAAACCUAUAUUAAUAUUGGGAUAUAUAGGUGUAACUCUGACAUAUUUCAUUUUUUCCUUUAUGACUAUUUGGGAUAUCAGUCCAUGGUUUUUAUUAAUUGCAUAUAUUCCGUCUGCAUGUUUUGGAGGAUUUUGUAUAAUUUUAUUGGGCUCUAUUUGCUAUAUUUCUGAUAUAUCAGAUGAACAAGAUAGAGCAAAGCAUUUAGCUUGGAUGGAAACUUUAAUAUUUGUUGGUGUUAUAAGUGGUUUAUUAAUUGGCCCUAUUAUCUUUCGAACAUAUGGAUAUACAUAUGUAUUUGGUAUUGCUACUAUAUGUUGCAUUUUAGCAGGAUCUUAUAUUUGCUGUUUAACUCCUGAGACUAUAUGCAAUAGAAAUUCUAUAACUUUAGGGAGUCUGUUCGAUAUACAUCUAGUUAAGGAACUUAUUAGUACAUGUACUAAAAAACGAGAUGGCUUUAAUCGAUACAUAGUUUGGUGCUGCAUAAUCGUCAUUAUUUUGUCAGUAUUAAUUUUGACAGGAGAUAUGAACAUUGGACUUUUAUUUACAAGUGCCAGACUUGGCUGGGAUGUAAAUAAAUAUUCCAUUUUUAUAGCAAUUAAGUUAUCUCUCAUAACUUUUGGAAUAAUAUUUGGAGUGAAUGUUUUGACAACAUAUACAGGAUUUUCUGAAGAAGCAAUAACUAUGCUAUCAUUAUUUUCAAUUUUAUGUUCCUCGUUAGUUCAAAGUUUUACAUGGAAAUCUUGGCACAUGUAUUUAUCAGCAGCUAUUGGUGCAUUCAGUGGUGUUGCUACUCCAAUGAUACGUACUAUAUUAUCUAAAUCUAUACCUGCAAAGGACACUGGUAAAGUUUUUUCAUUGGUAGUAUCUAUAGAAACAUUAAUACCAUCUGCAGCAACUUCAUUGUAUGGGAUGAUAUACUCACAUUUUAUGCCACCUACGUAUCCUCUACCAGUUUGGCUGGUAUCUGCUGGAAUUUGUAUUAUUGAAAUACUCGUACUGAUAAACAUGCGAAGACAAAAUAAAAAGCAUAAUCGUAUGGUAUAUGAGCCAUUGAUACAAGAUAAUGAAUAAUCUUUUAUUUUUAAUGAUAUUUACAAAAAAAUGUACAAAGAUACGCACAAAAAAGUAGGAAAAUUUAAUACCAAAUAAGAUUUUAAUCUUUUUAUUAUUAAUAAUUAUUUAAUUACAAACACCUUGUAUACAUUUUACAAUGUAGUGAGAACAAACAUGAAAUAAAAUAUAAAACUU